AUGCGCGUGCUCGAGCCCUUCUUCAACAAGCUCGACCCCGACUACUCCAACUUGCGCACCAAGUGCCAGGAGAUUCUCCAGAAGGAAGACAACUUGCAAGAAAUCGUGCAGCUCGUCGGGAAGGAGUCGCUCUCGGAGGACCAGAAGGUCGUCAUGGAGGUUGCCAAGAUCAUUCGCGAAGAUUUCUUGCAGCAGAACGCGUUCUCGGACUAUGACUUUACGUGCCCGCUCGUCAAGUCGGUCGGCAUGCUCCGGUCGAUCAUCCUCUUGCACAACCUGUCGCAGAAGGUGAUUGCGGACUCGCCGCCGGACGCGCGCGUGACGUGGGCGCAGAUCAAGGUCUCGCUCAAUCCUGUCAUCCAGAAGAUCAUCCAGACCAAGUUCCAGCUGCCCAAGCAGCCCGAGGACCAGAUGCGCGGCUUCUUCAAGAACCUCGACGACGAAAUCGAGGCGGCUUUCCAGUCGCUCUCGGACUAGGCGAUCGACGAGUAACAACGGCGACGGUCAAUAUAUCUCCUCCUUGUGUUUUGCUACAGUGC